UAAAGUGACGUUUACAAGGCGGUUCUGUUCAUUUUGUUAGAUUUUCGUGAUUGUUUUUGCAUCAAAGCAACAAAAGUUAAAAAAAAUACGUUUUCACGGUUUUGCUCAAAAAGCAGAGAGAACCGAUUUAUCUAUAAAGAAAUGCUGUUAGUGUUUCUGGAUUUAAUUUAAUCACAUUUCAUAUUUCCGUUGUAGUAUCAAUGGACAAAAACCCUCUUCAGUUUCUUGCCAGCAUCGAAAACAACCAACAGGCUACGACUGCUUUCAGUUACGACAUCGAAAACGAUCUACCAUUCAUAAUGUCCGCACUAGAGCAUAAUUUAAAUCUCGAAGAGGACCAGAUAAUACAGCGAUCUGAAACAGAGAACGAUGAUUCGGAUGAUGAAGACGACGAGUUGCCAGGGUGUAGUUCAACACCAACAAAUCGCGUUCAUCGAAGACGAUCACCACGAGCCAAAUCAAUCGACAGCAAACUGCACAAAAUAAAGCGGCGAACAAUAGCUAAGCCAGUGAAGUUUCAAAUAAAUAUCAACGCAUCGGAAAACGAAAUCCGCAGCUAUUACAUGGACAGAGGUAACAAAUCAGCGAAUCUCAAACCAACUAACCUGGAAACAAUAUUCGAGGAAGGAUCUCCAGCAGUUGCCAAAUCGAAAUUCUUUGGCGAGCGCAAACUCCGUCGCAGUUUGAACUGUUCCGAUGGGUUCAACGUAACCAAAACAACCACAAAAGCGCGCAAAAAUCGAGUCCGGCGGCUACUAGGAGGCGCUCCCAAGCUCGAACGGAUGACAAUGGAUACAUUUUUGGAGCGAUUGAAAUCCAUGCAGAACGGAAGCGGUGAAGAUGAAGAACCGCUCGUGGAUCCAAAACUGAAUCACACGGUGUGACUGGUUCGAUAUAACCGGAUGAACUGUCGACAGAUAUUCCAAGCAUUAAUUUAGGAUUACAUUUAUCUUGUAUUCAUGUGUAUUUUAACACAUUCAAUAGAAACGUUUUUAAAUCAAACAAAA